UCAAAAAGCAGAAGCAGCAGCAGCCAGCAGCCAGCAGCUACUUGUAGACACAGCAGAUCCUUUUCCGAUUCCAAAGAGUCCCAUCACGCCAGCUGCCAUUAACCUUUUCCACUAUUUCUUCUUAUUCUCUCUCUCUCACUAAGCUCUUAACUCUUCUUAAGCUCUCCCUUCUUGCAAAGCCACAGCUUCACACUUCUUCACACUUCUUCACACUGACCCAUCAAACACAGCUCAUGAGAAAGCAACAGAAUUUGAAAUGUCUGAUAACCAAACAGAGCACAUGAGCGACCACCUCUCGGAGCAGACCUCAAUUUUUGGUCUUCGUUUGUGGAUCGUUCUUGGGGUUUGCGUUGGAGCUGCUUUUGUGCUCGUUUUGUUUAUCAUUUCCCUCUGGUUGGCCUCCAAGCGAUCCAAGAACAAAACUUUACAAAAACCCACAAUCCCAAUUGUCUCCAAAGAGAUCCAGGAGAUCAGGGUCGACCAUGUUCGGACCCAAGUCCAAGCUUACCAAUAUCCUGAACCCGACCCAAUUCCCAGAAUCGAAAGGCAAGCCUUGCUGACGCCUACAGAGGAUGAGAGCCCAAUUGGGUACCAGAAAGUUCACAUUGAGAUUGGCAAGGACCAUAGGAUUACUUAUCCAAUUGGGUCUUCUUCUUCUCAUGGAAGUGGGGAGGCUCGUGCUGUUGAUCAGGUGGCUAUGGUGGGACCUGAAGUUUCUCACUUGGGUUGGGGACAUUGGUACACUCUGAGAGAGCUUGAGGUUGCAACAAAUGGGUUUGUAGAUGAGAAUGUCAUUGGUGAAGGAGGGUAUGGGAUUGUUUAUCAUGGUGUGUUGGAGGAUAAAACUCAGGUUGCUGUCAAGAACUUGCUCAACAACAGGGGACAAGCUGAGAAGGAGUUCAAGGUUGAAGUUGAGGCAAUUGGACGAGUUCGGCAUAAGAAUUUAGUGAGAUUGCUCGGUUUCUGUGCUGAAGGAGCUCAUAGGAUGCUUGUGUAUGAGUACGUCAACAAUGGGAACUUAGAACAGUGGCUUCAUGGGGAUGUAGGGCCUUCCAGUCCUCUUACUUGGGAGAUUCGAAUGAAUAUCAUACUGGGAACAGCGAAAGGGUUAACAUAUCUUCAUGAAGGAUUGGAACCCAAGGUUAUUCACCGUGAUAUAAAAUCGAGCAACAUUUUACUUGACAAGCAGUGGAAUGCCAAGGUGUCAGACUUUGGCCUUGCCAAGCUCAUUGGUUCUGAGAUGAGCUACAUUACAACCCGUGUCAUGGGAACAUUUGGCUAUGUAGCUCCUGAAUAUGCAAGUACAGGCAUGUUAAAUGAGAGAAGUGAUGUGUAUAGUUUUGGAAUUCUUAUCAUGGAGAUAAUAUCUGGGAGGAAUCCAGUUGAUUAUGGCCGGCCACCAGAAGAGGUGAACUUAGUUGAGUGGCUUAAGAAGAUGGUUGCUAACAGGAAUCCAGAGGGAGUGUUGGAUCCCAAGUUAGCUCAGAAGCCUACUUCGAGGGCAUUGAAGCGGGCUCUUCUUGUAGCUUUACGUUGUGUAGAUCCAAAUGCACAGAAGCGGCCAAAAUUGGGACAUAUUGUACAUAUGCUAGAAGCUGAAGAGUCCCCCUUCAAAGAUGAUCGUAGAUCUAGAAGGGCCGCAGAAUGCUCAGAUAGUGACAAUAUGAAGGUUGGGCUGAAAGAGAAGCAAGUAACUGAAUCCGGUGAUAGUAUCGGGUGUGAAAGUGGCAUGCAUGCCGAUAAUACAAGAUGGAGACAUCAAGAAGAAAAGCUGUGAGAAUUUUGCCAAACUUGUUUGAAUACGAGGCUGGCCGUUGCAAAUGGUGACAAAGUUAUCCAGUUACAUGCCUGGCUUUUACAUAGGGUACUACUCUACAUUGUUUGCUGCUUGUGUUUUUUGGUCCAUAUAGUUUCAAAAGAAUGCCUGAUUCAAAUGUUGCCAUUGUUCAGAAAAGCUUUGAGCAUGAGUGUGCCAUGUAAUUUAUUAGUCACAUUAUUGCUCACUUCUGUGAUUCUUAAAUAAAAUUCUUUUCAUAUAUAAAAAAUUCAAUCCAAA